UGCAAGCAAGCAACUGUGACGAUUUGAUGACAUGAAAGUCGCGGUGCUGAGCGGGUUCCUUGGAGCGGGGAAGACGACGCUCCUGCGUCAUCUCCUCAGCCAGAAGAGCACCAUGAAGGACGCGCGCAUGGCGGUGAUUGUGAAUGACAUGGCAAGCAUGAACGUGGAUGCGGAGCUUGUGAAGAAUGGCGUCGUGACGGAGCUGAAGGAGGAUCAGCCAGAGUUGGUGCAGCUGCAGAACGGCUGCAUCUGCUGCACCUUGCGUGUGGACCUGCUGCGUGCACUGGCCAAGCUGGCGCGCUCGAAGCACUACGACUACUGCAUCAUUGAAAGCACCGGCAUCUCCGAGCCCAUCCAGGUGGCGGAAACGUUCAUGUUGAUGGCCAGCGCUGCAAGCGAUGAUCCGGAGGCAAAGGAGAUGGUGCAGGAGGCAGGGCUUGAGGAGCUCACGGAUCUCAUCUUGGCGGAGAAGCCAGAGGACAGGCUGGCACACAUUGCGCAGCUGGACGCGUGCGUCACUGUCAUUGACGCCUUCAACUUCCUCCAGACCUUUGAAGAUGACAGGGUUGUGGGCGACGUUGAGGAGGGCGAAGGGUUUGAGGACGAUAUGCGCACGCUGACAGACCUGAUGGUGGAUCAAGUUGAGUUUGCAGACAUCAUCCUGCUGAACAAGACGGACCUUGUGGAUGGGGCGACGCUGAAGCGCAUCAGGGGUGUCAUCACGCAGCUCAAUCCCGGCGCAAAGCUUGUCACCACGCAGCACUCGCGCGUUGACCCGUCCCUCGUCCUCAACACGGGCCGAUUUGACUUUGCACAGGCCAUGACCCACGCAGGGUGGCUGAAGAGCCUGCAAGGGGAGGUGGUGCCCGAGACGGAAGAGUAUGGCGUGUCAAGCUUUGUGUACCGUCGACAGCGGCCGUUCCACCCACAGCGAUUGCACGACUUGCUUGCGUCUGCGUUCAUUCUUGAGGGCGAAGCAGCAGAAGCAGAUGAAGAAGGCAUGGAAGCAGGCCAGGGCGACGAGGGUGAGCGUGCGGAUGCUGAUGCCAAGAACGCCGACACCAAGGACAACAAAGACGACAGCGAUGCGAGCGAUGAGAGCGAUGAGAGCGACAAGGGUGUUCAGGAUGCGCGUGUGCGUGCACAAGCACGGAAGCAAGAGAGCGUGUUUGCUGGGACGUUGCGGUCCAAGGGAUUCUUCUGGCUCUCCACGCGACAGCACCUGAUGGGAGAAUGGUCCCAAGCCGGGCUAAUGAUGUCGCUUGGGAGCAAAGGGCCGUGGUUGCGAGACAUGGAGCCUGACAUGGUUGCGCUCUUUGAUGAUGAGAAGGUGAAGCAGGACCUGGGCGAGAACAACGACGACCGGCGGCAGGAGCUGGUGUUUAUUGGGGCGCCACUGAACCAGGCGCAGCUUGAGCAGGCUCUGGACGCGUGCCUUGCCACCGACGAGGAAUGGCAGGAGGCCGAGCAGCAGGAGGAGCUCGAAGCUUUGGACGCAGCUCACAGCCAUCACAGUAAUCACAGUGGGAGAACCGAAGCAUCGGUACCGCAAAGGCGCAUACAUGAUCCUUUUCCACCUUGGGAUCAUGAGCAUAAUGCUAAUGAACCUGAGACUGACGACGAUUACAGUGAUGGGCGAUCUGAGGCACCGCAGGACCCUAGUUCUGCUGUGUUUGAAGACGAGGAGCGCUUCUAA